CAUAGCAGAGUGCACACUUGUCCCGUCCACUCGGCUCGUCCCCUUAUCUCCUCCUCUGCGGCUCGGCUCACUCCAUCCCACCAACCAAACCGCACCUUGAUCGCGCGCGAAAGCAGAGCGAAAGAAAAAAAAAAGGAAAUCAUCACACGACAAGGCGUCGCAGCAAUGGCCGCGCCGCUCACGGCCGUCCGGGCCCGCCUUCUCCCCGUCUCCUGUUCCGCCGCCGCCCCCUACAAGAACAACAAUCUCAAACAGCAGCAGCAGCAGGUACCGCAACAGCUAACGCCUGCUCCUCUGCCGUCGCUGCGCACCGCGGCGUCGGCGGCGAUGGUGCCGCUGAUGCUGGCCCUGCCGCCGGACGCGCUGGCGGCGGGGGGUGAGUUCGGGAUCCUCGAGGGCCGGAGCUUCGCGCUGCUGCACCCGCUCGUCAUGGGGGGGCUCUUCGCCUACACGCUCUGGGCGGGCUACCUCGGCUGGCAGUGGCGACGGGUGCGCACCAUCCAGGACGAGAUAAACGAGCUCAAGAAGCAGCUCAAGCCCGCCGCGGCGACGCCGGCCGCGGUCGGCGCCGGAGAUGCCUCUUCUGCGCCGCCGCCGCCCGCCGCCAAGUCUCCGGUCGAGAUCAAGAUUGAGGAGCUCACCGAGGAGCGCAAGAAGCUGCUCAAGGGGUCGUUCCGGGACCGGCAUUUCAACGCGGGGUCGAUCCUUCUUGGCCUCGGCGUGCUCGAGUCCGUCGGCGGCGCACUCAACACCUGGUUCCGCACCGGCAAGCUCUUCCCCGGACCCCACCUCUUCGCCGGAGCAGCCAUCACGGUGCUCUGGGCGGCGGCGGCGGCUCUGGUUCCGGCGAUGCAGAAGGGGGACGAGACGGCGAGGAACCUGCACAUCGCGCUCAACGCGCUCAACGUCCUGCUCUUCAUCUGGCAGAUCCCCACCGGCCUCGAGAUCGUCGGCAAGGUCUUCGAGUUCACCACCUGGCCAUGAAUGUCCAGUAAACGAACGAAAACUGCAUCUGCUGAACUGCUGAUGCACAUCGAUCCUUCCUCGCUGUGCAUGUCUUUUCUCUUCCAUUAGGUUCUUGACUUGUUGAUAGUCGCGUGUUCAGUUCGUUCUCCAUCUACAGGGUUGCUUUUCUUGGCC